AUGAAAGAGGAAAAUGCAGUAGUUAGCCUCUACUGGCCGCUGGUGCAAUAUGGCGGUUUUCGCGAACUGAAGCUGUACACGUUUCUAGCUGAGAGUGCGCGGCCUAGCUGCGUCAAAGGCAGCAGAGUUAUUAAAGCAGCGUAUGCAUACAGGAUCACCGCCUUGCGAAGCAAGGGAGGCUGGAUGGAGUCCAAGCGUGAGAAGAUUGCCGAAGGUACCAGGCAAGGGAGCAGCUGUGCUGGCCUGCAGCUGGCCUACUGCCUUAGCCGUUCGUCGUCCAGCUCCGUAAUUCCUAGGACUCCGGAGAUAGACCUUACGAACAUGACAUACAGAAGGCCACACCUCAUGUCAGCCAAGCUAGGAGGUUCGGUGCUUGGCGGACAAUUUGAAAACAGGGCGUCCAAUGAAGGCAGGCGCAGCGUUUUACCUUGCUCAGUCACAUGGACCCUUAAAAGUCCAGAAUGUUCGUGGGUAAUUUCAUCUUACAGCACCGUCGCUAACGGGGCUAUCCUUGCAAAAGAAUUUUUAAAUUUAAGCUUGGCCUGCCAGAAGCUCAACUACGUACUAAUAGCAUUGUCGAUUCGUGCAGCCUUUUACAUACAGCAUACAUAG